GAUGUUUGACGCGUAUUCUGCUGUGUUUGCUUGAUUUUUAGAAUACAGAUAAGUGACGACGACGGGAUGAAUGAAGAAUGCACAAAAAUUGAUACGAGUUGUUGAGUGCACUCAGGUCAUGGGUUCUUCAAAAUGGAGUUGGUUCACCUGAUCUUUUAAUUGCAGUAGAGCGAUGAAAAAAAGGUUCUCCCAAUUGGAUGGACUUGUUACCUGUCGUGGGCCUGUCCUGACUGUGAUGUGAUUUGUUUUUUUGUCCUAUUAGGCCAAUCUAAUCUACUCUAAUUUGUCACUAAAUGGUAGUCUUCCAACAUUCAUUCAGUGUGUCUAGAUCAAUGCGUUACUAAUUGACCAAGUCAGAUCCUUGUGGAAGGCUACGCAAGAAAUAAUUGAGAUCUUCGAAUUUGUUGGUUCUCAGCGUUUUUCAAAAUUGAAGCUCCUUCUCGUGGUCCGCGUAAAUUGUGAUUCAAAUCCGGCUUGCGUGAUCUAAAAAUUUGGACGUCCGUUGUCUUGGCUAGCAUGUUCUAUAACUGGUUGAAUUUGUAUUUCAACCGAUGUUGUCUUUGCCACAAUAUCUGCGCACUGAAAUCGAGUCGAUAAUCCUAUUCGUGCUACCUUGCAGGCAAAUCAAAGAAUAGAAGCAAUACCAAUAGUCGUAAAGACCUUAGAUUUUUUUUGUUCACUCAAAGUAAAAACAUCAACAAGAUGGCCACCAUGGCUCCUCAAGAGGGUGGCGGCAUGCCCGAGCAACCCCAACAACACCUCGACAAUGACAGAAAAGUCUUCGUCGGUGGUCUGUCCCCAGUCACAACCGAAGUCACUCUCCGAGCCUACUUUCAGCAGUUCGGCGAGAUCCAAGAAAUCAAGCUCAUGGAGUAGAGAAUUUUCAUGAUUUAGUUUGGGUUACAUUUAGAAAAUUUAGAAGUUCGAGUCAGAAAUUUAGAAGAUCUAAGAUUUGAACAUUUUUUUAGAUUUUGAGCACUUUUUGGCCUGUCGUCGAGUAUUUCUAAACGGCACCCUCUCUUCCACGGACCACGGCUGGACUAUAAUCUUUUCCAUCAUUUGAGUCCAAACCUUGUCAUCUCAGAGGGUCCUAUUCGCUACCGACUAACUCAUCGAAUGCCACCUUCUUGGAUGUCUCACAUCAUAUCAAUCAUGAUAUAAUUCCUCUCAGGUACUUCGACCAGAUGACGCAGCAGAAGAGAUCAAGGGGUUUUGCUUUCGUUGUGUAUGUCAGCAGUGAGAGUGUAGAAGCCGCCACCCAGAGCCGCCGCGUCCCGAUGGACGGAAAGGAUGUUGAGGUCAAGAGAAUCGACGAGCAGAGGUACUAUUUACUUACCAUGUUUUAGACUUAGUGCGUAGCACGUGUAGGUCGGGCAGCCGAUGUUUUGUCGUACCUAGGGCAUGUACUGCUACCAUCGUAAGAACGUUUUUCCAGGCCCAGUCUAGGGUGAGGGUUCCUAUCCUAUCCAGUCUACUUGAUAUUAUCAGAAAGUGAUAUAUAUUUAUGGAGAACUCUUACCAUGAUCUCCCAAUCACAGGUCCACGCACGAAGGCAAGAACGAAAUUGAAGCGCGAAAGAUUUUUUGCGGUGGAUUGGCGCCAACCGUCGAUGAUGUACUACUCGUCUAGAGUGUUUGUUUUAGAUUCAAUCGUUUAUGUACUACUCGUCUUGAGUCAGUUUGUUUUAGAUCCGUUUACUUUGCAUCAAAUCGGUGUCGUGGCUCUCCUUUAGGAGAUACCACGUCACUGAGUGGCCUCGGGACCCUUGCUGCUAUAUGAGAGGCGCCACGACAUGACAUGACGUGUGCCUUAAGGAUAGGGUCUGGAACGAGAUCAUUUGAGUCAGCAGGAUUUGUUUCGUAACGUCUGAGCUUGAAAUUUUCCGCAGAUCUAUUCAAUCAAACCAGACGUCAUUUUUCAUUAUUUCGUACCGUUUAAUCUACGCAUAAUGUCUCCAACACGAUCAGGCCAAGCUCCGUGAUUUUUUCAUGGCUAUGGAUCCGGAUCUUAUCGAAGCCCGCGUCAUGAUUGACCCGCAGACCGCACGAAGCCGAUGCUUCGGCUAUGUCACCUUUUCGCAGAAGGAAUUCGUCGACAAGGCAGUCGCUAACUCUGCAGCAAACUACAUCGAUUCCAAGUGGGUUGAUGUCAAGCCCAGUGGAGGCAAGGACGGCAAAGGCAAGGGCAAGGGAAAAGGCAAGGGUAAAGGCAAGGACAAGGGAUUCGGGGGCUUCGGUUAUGACGCUGGAAAGGGCGGAGGCUGGUACUAUUGAGUACUUGGUUGAGCAUGAAUUCAUGAGCUAGAUUCUAGAACUCGAUCGAGAUUCUAUUUUCGACCUGUCAUGUGGGAAACCUCGUGUUGUAGAGACUUGUCUGUAUUAUCCGUUCUACCCCUUUCUUCUUAGGAACCAAGGCUAUGGCGCUCAGCAAUAUGGAGGAUAUGGAGCCCAGCCGGCCUACGGUAUGCAGCAGGCAUAUGGUGCCCAGCAGGCUUACGCCUACCCGCAGCAACAGGCUUACGCCGCUCCGGCAGCCGGCUACCAGGAUCCGUACGCCGCUCAGUACGCCGCCGCAGCCCAGCAGUACGCCGCUCAACCGCAAGCAGCUGCUCAGCAGUACGCCGCUCAGCCAGGAUAUGACUACUCCCAGAUGGCCGCUCAACAGCAAUACGCCCAGCCGCAGGCAGCUGCAGCAGCGGAUCGUAUUUAUAUCUUACACCAUUCCGUCCUUUCAUCCAUUACAACUAAGAACUCCCAAAACUCCCUCCCGACCAUACUUGAGCGAACCCCCAUACCAUAGGUAACUACUAGGUAGAUCUAGUUGCACUGUUGUAGCUAAAAUAACUAAGCGGUAUCUUUUCCUCAUUAGGAGGUCACAGACUACUAGUUGAAUACUAGAUAUGCGUAGGCUUUAAAAGGUUAGUUUAGAUAGUUAGCUAAUAGAGGCACUUACCAUCGGACGAGAUUGCGAUACGAACCAGGCCAAACCGGUCGUUUCAGCUGUUUGAGUAGGUGGCUUCAGAAAGGUUUCGAUUCCGGUUAUCAACAUCUGCAGCGUAGGCGUAAUCGUUUCCAAACAACUACUUCUUGCUGAGUACUACCUCUCUCAUUGGGCGUCAGUAGUGCAACUAGUGGUUGCCACAGUUCGACCUCAGUCCGACUUCAUCUAACGAGCUUCUUCAUCAAAAGCUCUUCAGUAGUAUAAGCUAGCGACCCCCCCUUCGUUCCUCCGUCUACUUCGGUGUAGUACUUGACGUGACCAAGUUGACUGAUUUGGAUGAGCAACUACUUCUACUGCUUGGACUACAUCAACACGGUUGGGAAGAUUCUUGGCCUACAACCUCUUGAUCAAGUGGACUGACGAUACUACAACUACACUCGUUUGCUUCAAUGACGAUAAGUGGCUUGAGUACUUUGCUGCGCGCUCCUUCUUGUCGUCCUUGUAUGAGAAUUUAAGACUACGCACCAACAUGUCUCUCAUCAAGUUGAUUUUCAUUUAUCAACAGAGUAGCACAUUCACACAUGUUGUUGAGAAUGAGGACUGCACCUCCUUGAACUUUCCGGUGGUUUUUCUCUCUCAGUGGCUAUCUUCAUCCAGAGGGGCGCGCUCAAAGAUGAACACUUGUGUUGAUCACUUCUACUUCUUCAAGGAACUACAAGCAUGAAAAAACUUACCAAAUUUCGACUUCCAGGCCCGCUCUUCUUCUGACCAUGAUCCGCAGCACCGCUCGCAACGACACGAUAAUCGCGGCCGCAUUGGACGCGGUCAAUGCGGUCGCAUGGACGGCUUUGCGCGCACCCGCCUCGCCUUAGCUAGAUAGCUCUAAUUAGACGUGAUCAUGCAUAAUGGUCGUUUAGUUUAAGCCGCAUGUAGUCUGAAUCUGCAUCUAAUCGUAGGACUAGUAUUCGGGCACCUUCACACCUACAGUAGUCGCACGACUCGUGACAGUACCGCGGCCAUAUAAUAUCUUCUAGCACUCCACCGCAUGAGCACUGUACAGUAAGUGAUAGUCAUCCACAGGCCCUUUGUUUUGGGCAUAAUUGAACAGCAGUGUCUAUCAGCGCCGCUCGCAACAACUCCUUGUUGCUUGGGCGGAACCACUUUCACAUAAAACGUCCUUCGUUGUAUAAUGAUAAUAGUUAGAUCUACUUCCCUAACUCUCUCUUGGGAUAGUUCCUACCUUGUUCUUCCAAGUACUACAGAUACAGAUUGAGGAGCGUAGUUUUACGACUAUCUAUGGUAGUUUGAUUGUCUCUCUUUUCGAAUCAAAUUCAGCAUAUGCCGCCGCGCAGUACCAGCAGCGCGCUGGUCCCUACUAACUUUUGGGUUUAGAGGAGUUUGCUGAUCUUUAACGGAUGUUUCAUUUGCGAUGAGGAGAUUGCUUGAGCCUUUCGUAAGAUUGCUUGAGGAGAAGGAAUCGGCAAAUUGAAACCAAGCAAACGUUGAUGAGUAUCUAAAUCUAUUUGGGACAACUAUGAUCACUAUGUUGGAUGAAGACAACUACUUCUAAAAUGAUUGAGCCAUGACUACACACGCAGCAUAAUGAAGACUUCUCUCUGUAUUGAAGAAGAAGAAUGAAACCAACUUUUAUUACCUUUCGCCGGACAACACCCACACGACUAAUCGACACGUUGUCUGUUUGGGACCAACCGCUGCGCCACGGGGCUCCUACGGAGAAGGUUCAAUGACCUCGCAGUGAAAUAGGACAGGAGGGCAGACGCGUGUCGGGGUCACUUACUUUACUAAUUUAUUAUCGUUGAUGAUGACCUCAUAUCAAAUUGACAAAACCGUAUCUAAUCAUUGGACGCAUGAGCGUUGUAAUUUGAAGGAGAAGCAGGAUUGAACAAGAACUCAUUAUUAGUCUAUUUUCGCACAAUCUCUUUCGUUGAUAGAAUGAUGUUGGAGCCUUAAGUUGUACAAUCAGUCGUUCGAACUAGCCUUUUUUUGCUGAGGAAGACGAGUCACGCAUGAGAGACGAAUGAUUUGGCUUGAGAUGUUGCUACAACCUUGUCCCACAUAACGUAGCGCUCAGGCGGAGCUACUCGGAGGAAAAUGCAUACUUGACUGUUUUAGUUCCAACACAGGUGAACGCUUCGAUCACCUCGAAAAGAACAGCGCAACAAAAAUCAUCUCAUGGGUUUGUUGUUUGGCAACAGACCCCACAUUACUGAAGAGUCAGCAAUUUUCUCCCUAGAUCGAUUAACAGACGUGUCUCUAUACGCAGCAGGUCGGACAGUUGCGUACCAUCG